AUGGUAUCAAAGGUGAUCAUUGUGACCGGCGCAAGCCGCGGCAUCGGUCUCGCUGUCACCCAGUCCCUGCUGGACGCCUCUCACAAGGUUGUCCUCGUGUCAAGAUCGACCGAGCAGCUGGAGAAGUUGAAGGAACGCUUUCCGUCACAGGUCGCGUACCUUGGCGCCGAUUUGACGGUCACUGAUACCGCGCAUAGGGUAAAAGAGCUCGCCAUCCUCACGUUCGGUCAGAUUGAUGGGGUUGUAAUCAACCACGGCGUGCUGUCUCCCAUGACCCGGAUCGAGAAUGCAUCAAUUGAAGAGUGGAAGAAGCUGUACGAUGCCAACUUCUUCAGCGCACUCGCACUAGUAAGCCCUGGGAAGCUUGGGAUCAGAAACCGCUUGCUAACACUUGACAAGGUCAAGGAAACGAUCCCCCACCUCAGGGCUUCCAAAGGCCGGAUUGUGUUCAUCUCUUCGGGUGCCGCUACAGGCGCUUACACCUCAUGGGGGGCAUACGGCUCCUCCAAGGCGGCCUUGAACUCCCUGGCCAAGCACGUAGCUGUGGAGGAGCCAGACAUCACGUCGGUGGCCAUUAGCCCAGGCAGGGUUGAUACUGAUAUGCAGAAGGAGCUUCGAGAGAAGGGCACCGAAAUGCGCAAAACGGAUUACGAGACGUUCAAGGUGGAUUUCGAACAAGGCAGGUUGAUCAAACCUGAACUGACCGGCGGAAUUGUCGCAAGGCUUUCCCUCGGCGCCAAACCAGAACUCUCUGGCAAGUACCUCAAGUGGGAUGCCCCAGAACUGGCAGAGUACCGUCUGUGA